AUGGCCUCACACGCCAAAACCCUCCAAUCCGCCUACCCGUGGACAACCUCCCCCUUCAUAGUCUCCGCUCCCAUGCGCCUCACAGCCAACGACGCCCUCGCCCUAACCGUCUCCCGCACCCACGGCCUAGGUUUCCUCGGCAUCGGCAACGUGCUCUCGGCCCUCCCCCCCUUCCUCGAAAAAGUCACCGCCUCCCUCGCCGAAUCCCCCAUCCCAAACACCCCCUCAGACAUCCUCCCCGUCGGCGUCGGUUUCAUCUGCUUCGGCAUCGACCUCGCGGCUGCGCUAGCCACCCUCUCCUCCGCCCCCGUAAAGCCAGCCGCAGCAUGGCUCUUCGCACCCAAGGAGAUGAAAGAUUUCGCGGAUUGGUCACGCGGCAUCCGCGACGCUACCGCCGGGAAAACCAAAAUCUGGAUCCAGGUCGGCAACUUAGCCACCGCGCUCGAAGCCGCGAGGACUUGCCGGCCCGACGUCCUGGUCAUCCAAGGCAUAGAUGCCGGUGGUCACGGCCUCGAGCACGCAUCCUCCAUCAUCACGCUGCUUCCCGAAUGCGCAGACGCGUUAUCCAAAGCAGGCUUUGGAGAUAUUCCUCUGGUCGCCGCGGGGGGGAUCGCGGAUGGUCGAGGUGUAGCGGCGGCGACGAUGCUAGGAGCAGCAGGCGUGUGUAUGGGAACGCGCUUUCUGUGCUCGCCCGAAGCGGCCAUCACAAACGGGUACCGAGACGUUGUGCUGAAGGCUAAGGAUGGGGAUACAUCCCGGACGAAGCUCUGGGAUCGGUUAAUGGGGAACUGGUGGCCGGAGGAGUUUGAUGGCCGGGGGGUGCUGAACGAUAGUGUUUGGGAUGAUGAAAAGGGACUACCGGAGGAAGAGAAUAAGAAGCUUUAUGGGGAGGCGGCUAAGUCGGCGGAUGGCUGGGCGGGUGAGAAGACGCGCAUGUGCGCUUAUGCUGGGUCGGGGGUGGGGUUGAUUAAUGAAAUCAAGCCUGCGGUUGAGAUUGUUAAGGAGGUGACUAGAGACGCCAAGCGCUUUUGGAAAGAGGACUCAAGUACUUCAUCCUUAAAUGCAAAGGGUCAACAAUCGGACAUUUAA